UUGUUAAAUGUCUUAAAUUUGAGUACUUGGUGUGAGUAACUUUUAAAGACAGCAAUCUUGAUGGUACAAAAUCCAACAAACAAGAGAAAGUGAGUCUGCAUUGAGGCCCAGUCAAAUAUGGUAGCUCCAGUAACUUUCCUCUUCUCCCUUUCCCUUCUUUAUUCAGCUCCCCCUCUACAUACACCUCUCAUAUACGUAUAUGUCCAUUUAUGAACUAACUCAAUCAUUCUCUCCAGAAUCCAUCUCUCUCCCCAAUCUCUCUCUCUCUCCCAGUUCUCUCUGUCUCUCUCUGACAUAUACUCAUAUUGUGUGUGGGUGUGUGAAAGUAGUUUCGUUCUCUCUCCGACAGCAUCAAGAAAGUACUGACUAGGGUAGAUCUAUGUAAGAGAUAAGGCAGACUACUUAAAUUCCUGCAGACCCAAUCUGACAAGGCUUGUAAUGGAUUCUUCUGAGCAGCGCCGCAAGAGAAAAAGAAGCUCAAGAAAACAACUACUUAUGUUCAGCUUUGUAAGUAUGCGGCCUGUUCUGUUGUGUUUGUGUUUUUUCACUUUCCUGUUUGUUUUAUCUUAUGGAAAUAGAAGCUUUUUCACACCCUCGGCGAUUAAGUCGGGGUUUGUGGUAGCUGCGUCUUCGAGUUUAUCGUUAUUGUCUACAUCUUCGAUUAGUACAUUUGGGAAGUAUUCGAAGAGUAAUUUGUUCGAUAAUUCGUUUAGGAUCGAGGAUCGGGUUUUGUUUCCUGAUCAUAUUUUGUUGUUAGUUUCGAGUAGGGUUGAUGAUGGCGAGGUUAUUGGGAGGAAUGAGAAGUGGGAAUGUGUUUAUAGGAGGGGUUUGGUUAAUGAAUCAGAUAGUGUGACGAGUAAUGUGUUGUCAAUUGAGGGGUAUAAUGGUGUUUACUUUGUUGUGAGGUGUCCACUUCCGCGGGGGAAUUACUCGGCUAUGGUGGAUUUGGUAAGGUUUGGGAGAAGUUUGAGUUAUUUUGGUGGAGAUGAGAGGAUUUGGGGGCGGAAUUGGACGGUUAGGUCGUGGGAGAAUGUCGUUUAUGAGUCUGCGGUAGAUGGGGAAAGUGUGGUGGUGUUUGCUAAAGGGUUGAAUUUGAGGCAGGAUAGAGAAUCGGAUCCUAGUCCAUUUAGUUGUCAUUUUGGGUUAGGGAAUUGGGAGAGAGAUGGGAGAUAUGUGCUUACGACAAAGGCAAUUACUGCUGCUCAAGAGGUUGUGAGGUGUUUGCUUCCGCGGAGUAUUAGGAUGAGUCCGGAGAAGGCUCAAGGGGUUAGAGUUACAUUAGGUGUGACUGCUCGUGUUCGGGGCAGAGGUAGAAAACUUCAGCUAAUGCCUUCUGUUGCCAAGAUUUCAAAUUCCAAGUCCAUGGUAACACAAAAGGAAAAAUAUGAGCUUUGUGCUUGUACAAUGGUAUGGAACCAAGCCUCUGCAAUCCGUGAAUGGAUAAUUUAUCAUGCCUGGCUUGGAGUUGAGAGAUGGUUUAUAUAUGAUAACAAUAGUGAUGACGAAAUCAAGGAGACCACUGAAGAGCUUGACCUUGAAGGGUACAAUGUCAGCAGACAUUUGUGGCCUUGGAUUAAGACUCAAGAAGCAGGCUUUUCACAUUGUGCUCUUCGAGCAAAAGAAGAAUGUAACUGGGUUUCGUUCAUGGACGUGGAUGAAUUCUUCUACUUCCCCUUUCCAACCUAUCAACAUCGCAGGAAUAGGAAUAUGGUUUUCCCCGGUCAAAAUUCUCUGCGGCAUGUAGUUGCAAACUUUUCAUCAUCAAAUUCAAUUGCAGAGAUAAGAACAACUUGCCACAGCUUUGGGCCAUCCGGGUUAAAGUCACCUCCCUUACAGGGAGUCACAGCAGGGUACACUUGCAGGCUUCAGAGUCCUGAGAGACACAAAUCUAUUGUGCGUCCGGAUGCACUUGACCCUACACUUCUCACGGUAGUACACCAUUUUCAUCUAAAGAAGGGAUAUAAAUACAUGAAUUUGCCACAAAACAUAGCCGUGAUUAAUCACUACAAGUACCAGGUCUGGGAGACUUUUAGAGCAAAGUUCUUUAGAAGAGUUGCUACCUACGUAGCUGACUGGCAAGACAACCAAAAUGAAGGGUCAAGAGACAGGGCACCUGGAUUGGGAACCGAGGCAAUCGAGCCCCCUAAUUGGCGGCUACGGUUCUGUGAGGUUUGGGACACUGGCUUGAGAGACUUUGUUUUGGCAAACAUGGCUGAUCCUGCAAACGGUUUACUUCCAUGGCAAAGGUCUUGACAGAGAUAAACCGGGUAUACUAUUUUUAAAGGCUGCUAUGCAUAAAAAGAUUCUAAACUUACAAACACCCUUGAUCCACCAUUCUUCGUCCGUUUAUACGAAACAUUCAUCCUUAUAGACAUACGAUUGGAAACAGAUAGAGCAUAGUUACAGGGUCCUGAAUAGCUGUAAUUUUGUUGUGAAAUAUGUGACAUGAUACAUUUUUUUUUCUGAAGCUCAUUGAAUGAAAUAUUGAUUUAGUUCCCUUUA